AUGGCGACGGCGUACAAGAAUCUCUCGGCGCACGACCUGGGGGUUCUCGCCGUUCGCGAUCUCCUGAGCGUCACCAAUCUGGACCCGAAGUCGCUCGACCAAAUCGUCUACGGGCAAGUCGUCCCCUUCCUCGCCGGCCCGAACAUCGCGCGAGAGAUCGGACUUCGUUUGGAGCUCCCGCGAAGCGUUGAUGCGUACUCGGUCUCCCGUGCUUGCGCCACGAGCACGCAGGCCCUCGCGAACGCGACGAUGGCGAUUCAAACCGGACAAGCUGCAGUCGCCAUCGCCGGUGGCGCAGACUCCGCGACAGACGUUCCGAUCACCGUCAGCAAACCGUUGUCUGGUGCCCUCGUCACCGCGUCGCAAUCGAAGAAGCCGGCGGACAAGCUGAAGGCGUUUUCGAAGCUCUCGCCGAAAGAUCUUCUGCCGACGCCUCCGGCACUUCGCGAACUGUCGACCGGCCUGACGAUGGGCGAAAGCGCGGAGAAGAUGGCGAAAGAGAACGGCAUCUCUCGCGAGGCGCAGGACGCCUUCGCGCACCGGAGUCACAGUCUCGCCGCGAAGGCUUGGGCCGACGGCGUCUUUGCGGACGAAGUCAUGACGGCACGCGUGCCCCCAAAGUACGGCGCGUACGGGCAAGACAACCUCUUUCGUAAAGACUCGACCGUCGAAGGGUACGAACGUCUCCGUCCGGUGUUCGAUAGAAAACACGGCACGGUCACCGCCGGAAACAGUUCGCCGCUUACCGACGGCGCAUCGGCCGUGUUGUUGAUGCGCGAGGACGUCGCCAAGAGCCUCGGCUACACGCCACUCGCCUUUGUGAAGUCCUACGCAUUCGCGGCGCUCGACCCGAGCGAACAACUGCUGAUGGGUCCAGCCUACGCGAGUCCGCGCGCCCUCGACGCGGCUGGCGUCACGAUGAAGGACAUCGACGUGGUCGACAUGCACGAAGCUUUCGCGGCGCAGAUGCUGUCGAACAUGCAGGCAUUCGCUUCAAAAGAAUGGGCGAAGAAGAAGCUCGGGCGUAGCGAAGCGAUCGGCGAAAUCGCGGACGACAAACUCAACCUCUACGGCGGCUCGAUCUCCAUUGGGCACCCGUUCGCCGCAACCGGCGUCCGGCAAAUCACGACCGCAGCGCAUGAGCUAGCCCGUCGCGGCGGUGGACUCGCGCUCGUCACGCAGUGUGCGGCCGGCGGCCUCGGGGCCGCUGUCGUUCUGGAAGGCUGA